UAUGUCAGGUGGCUCGCACCGUUAGUAUUGUCGGACUAUCAGUCUGGGAUGCGAUGCGCUCGCCUUCCCAAGGUGGCAUUUGUAGAGGAAUCUGACCAUGAUGCAUUCGGAUUUCUCAAUCCAGGCCAAGUGAUUCGAGGUGCUCAAUUAAUUCCUGCAUUCGCCACAGGGCGGGGUGUAAGUUCACUGCGCCGUGGAACAUCGUUUGGACGUCCCAACAAGGAAGUGGAUGAUUGGGAAGAGCAUUAUGUCGGGAUUUUUGCUGAUCGCGAUAUGUUCUUGCAUUAUAUGCACUUCGGCAUAGGA